UUUCUGCCGAGGCCCGACGAGGAGACACGAGCACAGCGGACACGUCGUACUUACGUCGAAUGGACACGACACUCAAACGCAACGUAGACGAGAUUGAACGUUUCGUGGACUUGGUAUUAAACUAACCGUGUUAGGCUUUAGCGUUGUUGCUAGUGAACGUUGAUCGUGCUUACGUAAGAACGUAUAUUUAUAUAUACCUGCGUCCUCUAUAAUUGUGUAAGAAGUAAAUCGUGUAAUCGAGAUUAUCUUGAAGUUGAUAUUUGGAUUGGAUUCGAGGGGUAUUUCUUGCGUCCAUUCAUCCAAGUUUCUCUGAUUGGCAAAAGAAGCAUUAACGAAAGAAAAAAAGAAAAAGAGAAAGGAAGAAAGGACGAAUCUACGGUCGAAGAGGAGAGAGAGAAGGAAGAAGUUGUAGCACCUGCCGCAGUCGGUCUCUGGCGGCGCCACUCACGUGUUGCAUGCGUGCCGGGCUAUCCAUCAUGGUCGCGGACGCGAACCGGCUCUGAUUGGUCGAACAGAGCUCACGUGGUAUGGUAAUUGAGCUCCGGUGGGCGGGAAGGAGCAAAAGGGGCCGCGGUGGAGCCGCUCGCGGAGGAUCUCAAAAGUGGCGGUAGGAGAGGAGAGGAUAAGCCGCUGUCCAUCGGGAGUCCGGUGCUGCUCUUCGCGGCCUCGCUCUUUUCGCUUUUUUAUCUACCUCUAUCUCUUUUUCUCUUUCUCUUUUUCCAUCUUCUUUCUUCCCUUCUCACCAUUCCUCAAAACCCUCUCCCCUUCCCUUCAUCUUUUCCCAAUCGUGGAAAGAGACAUAGACAACUCUCUCUCUCUCUCUCUCUCUCUCUCUCUCUCUCUCUCUCUCUCUCUGUUUCUCUCUCUCUUUCUCUCUGUUUCUCUCUCUCUUUCUCUCUCUCUCUCUCUCUCUCUCUCUCUCUCUCUCUCAGUCUGUCUGUCUGUCCUUUCUUAUCUCUUUUUUUUUCCUUCUGCUCUUUGUUUCUUUCCUGUUUUUCGUUCAAAAGGACAAGGCAGACAAGUAAGGAGAAUGUAUCGCGGUGAAGUGGUCAAUGUGCAGUCGUGAAAAUGUGCUCAACGUUUGAAUGAAACGUUCUCAACGAAACUGAGUUGAGUGUUAGAAGAGACAGGACUAGUUUACUCUGUGAAUAUGUGCACGGGAAUGCAGAUGUCCUCAUAAAAGAAGUAACGUGUUGCGGUGAGAGAACAUAAUGAUGUCGCUGGAACGUUCGGUAUAAGGAAUUCGGACGUUGGCUGCGAGCCCUGAUAAAGGGAACAAAAGCUGUUUGAGAAGAAGAGAGAGAAAAAGAGAGAAAGAGAACAAGAGGAAUAUUGAGAAAGAAAAAUUGAGAAGGAGAGAAAAUGAGCUCCUUCCUGAUGAAUCCAUCCGCCGGCGGUGGCUAUCAUCACCAUCAUCAGCAUCAACAGCCGGCGGGUAGUCAUCAUCUAGCUGCUAGUUCGGUUAUGGUCGAUCCAAAGUUUCCACCGAGCGAAGAAUACAGUCAGAGUAACUACAUACCUUCUACUGGUGCUGACUUCUUCUCUGGCAGUACCGCCAGCCAUCAUCUCAAUCAUCCCCAAUCCCAUCAACUUCAAUAUGGCUAUCACCAGCACCAUCAUCAGGCUGCUACGACUCCGUACGGAGCAUCAUCGGCUGUUCAACUGAACGGUGGUUAUGCCGGAUACGGAGGAUAUUAUGGGCCACAUCAUCCUCAUCACCAGGUCCACGCUGUCCAUCAUGCAAGUUUACAUCCUCAUCAUCAUGCUGUUGGUGCCCUAGCAAUGCCACCAGAAGCACAGCAACCACCUCACACGUGUCCAUCUUCGAUGCAAGCACCGCAACAGCAACAACAACAGCCACCAGUCACAGCGUCUACCGUUCUCGGAUCGACUCCCUUAUCGCCGUCCAUUAUGCAAAAUCACGUGCAACAGCAAGAAGCUAUUCAGCAACAUCAACAUCAACAACAGAAUCAACAACAACCACACGACGGCAACGUUUGCAGUCCAGCAGGUUCUGGCUCGUUGCAUCGGGACAAUUCACCGGAUCUUCAACAACAAUCUACCCAACAAACUCAGCAUAUACAAAAUGCACAGCAGCAACAACAACAAUCGCAACAUCAGCAACAACAGCAACAUCACGUAGACGAUGGAUCCGAUCAAGACGAUGUUGAGGACGAUCAGAUGAUGGACGGCUCGCCUGGUAUGAUGGAGGAAGAAGAGGAUGACGAAGAAAAUGGAGAUCGUGUCAUCUAUCCAUGGAUGAAAAAGAUUCACGUUGCUGGUGUAGCGAAUGGUUCUUAUCAACCUGGAAUGGAGCCAAAGAGGCAGAGGACCGCGUACACGCGACACCAGAUCCUGGAGCUCGAGAAAGAGUUCCAUUACAAUCGUUAUCUUACGAGAAGACGGCGGAUCGAGAUAGCCCAUACAUUGGUACUGUCGGAGAGACAGAUUAAAAUUUGGUUUCAGAAUCGACGUAUGAAAUGGAAGAAGGACAACAAGCUACCGAAUACGAAGAACGUUCGUAGGAAGAACGCGAAUGGUCAAGUGUCAGCAACAACGACUACUACGAAAACAACGAAGGGUACCAACAACAGAACGAAAAGUGUCUCCGCUGCUGCUGCAGCUGCCGCCGCUGCUGCUGCCGCUGCUGCUGCUGUUUCAGCAAAUGGGAACAACAACAAUGGACAGAGGAAGAACAACAACAAUUCCCCUUCCAGUGGUUUAGACGGUAACAAUUUGGAGACUGGAGUUGGCCUCGAUAUGGGUGACGUUCACGGUGUCAACUCGUCUCUUCCUCAUCCGAACGUGGUACAUCCAAGCUUUCAAGGUCACCCUCAUCCUCUCGCCCACCUACAAGCACAGCUGAGUCACCAUCACGUGGCGGCUGGAAUGAUGGACGGCCCAACAACGAUCGGGCCAACGAUCGGCCCUACGAUCGGUCCUACGAUCGGUCCUACGAUCGGUCCUACGGGUGGACCAAUGGGACAUAUGUCUUCCGGGAGCAUCAGUCCACUUGCACCGGCCACCAGUCCUCCUGGACUCUCUCAAGUAUCGACCUCAGUUGUCCCACCGCCACCGAUAAAGUCCGAUUAUGGACUUACCGCCCUGUAACACCCGCUUACUGAACAGAAUCACGAUCAUCGAAUUUACUCUAUUGGUGAUUUCGACUACGAUCUCGCGGUUGGGACCUGAAGUCGAUUACUUAUUUUCGAUUUUUAGAUAAUACUUCGCUUUUUUUCGAAUUAUGGGAUUUAUCGUUAUUAUCUUCUGUUUCUUUUUUCUUUCUCCUUUUCUCUAUUUUCUUUUUUUGUUUUUUUCUUUUUUUUUUUUCUUUUUUAAAUCACUAAAGAAAACAAAAAUUCUGAGAUUCGUAUGGAGAAUCGCAAAAAUAAGCAACGCGAGAUGGAGCUCGUAUUUUUCGUAAAUAUUAUUCCGAGUUGCAAAACACUUGUUGAUUUAUUAUUGUUGUUCUAUGAAGUAUCCAAAAAUAUUUGGUGGAUAAUUAACGUGUAUCAAAUGGAAGACAUCAAUUGUUAUAGAUUUGAUCAGACUCUCAAGAUAUAAUUCUUCGACGGUAAGAUAUCUAUUAUUUUGAAAUUCAAUUUCGAGACUUAGUUAUUGAUGAAAUGGACAACAUGAAAAAUAUCAUAAAAAUGAUAUUUCGAAAUAGCCUAAUCAUUCUAUUGUUUCUCUUCAACGUGCCAUCGCGCUUGUAGUCAACUACUACUUACUUACUUAGCUUCUUUCUUGUCUCAUUCUGCGAUAUCCAGAAGCACAUGUUCGUAAUCAUUUCCAUAAAGACAUCGCAAAGUACGACAUUACGUAUGUAAAUGUACAUAUAUAUAGCCGACAUAUUUGUACAUAUUUGUGUAAAGAAUAAAUAUAAUAUCGAGUGCGUGACGCAGCGAUCUAUGUUUCACAUAUUCUUAUUCUUAUUAUUAAUUAUUGUAUGAUUGUAUGGUUUUAGAGUAAUAAAUCGUGUUAAGUCGUCAAAUGAAAGAAAGAAAAUUGCGAAUUGAUUGUUAUUAUUAUAGAGACGUUUGCUUCAGCUCGUAUUAGAUAAUAACCGGUUCUUAUCUUCACAACCAUAACGAGAAUUACGGCUUCCGACACCGAAAUUACGCGAAUCUGUGUUUAUUAAAUGGUCAUUUGAAAUAUUAAAAAUAAAAAAAAGAAAAAUAAAUAAAAAAAAAAAAAAAAAAAAAAAGAAAAAGGAAAAAAGAACAAAAAAAUGAAAAAUUAUAUAAAUGAAACAAAAAAAGUCAAACAAAAAAAAAUAAAUAAAUAAAAAGAAUAUAAAAAUCGAAGCAACGACGACUAUUCACCAGUAUUUAACCUUAAAUAUGUUUAAACUUAAUACCUAACUUUUAAUAACGUCGACUCUCAAAGUUGAGCCUAGAUUCAAUCGGUCGAUACAUUAUCGUUAUCGUCGUUGUCAGUAAAACCGUGAAAACCGUGCCGAUCGCGAGUUCCAUGAAUACUCAUACAAAGCGAUAUACCGUAUCGAUCCAAUGUCAUACAAAUUUAAAACUUCCGGCCGAGUUAUCUCCCUCCGAUAAUAAUCGCGUGUCUUACGUUCGAGCAGUUCUUUGUCCUUGCCGCUAAAAGUUUCAAUAGAAAAGAAAAGACGAACGAAAUAAAAAAGGAAAAUAGAAAAAAGACAAAAAAAAAAGAAAAAGAAAAUAAUAUUCAUUGAGAUUCAUGGUUCAUUUUUCGUUCUGUAGAAAUGAACAAGAAAAAAAAAUCACUUGUAAAUACUAUCUCGAAUAUAAUAUUUAUUAGGUCGUCAAAAGUUUCUUUCGUUUUUCAAAAUACUGGCAAAUAAAAUAGCUGGAUGAAAAUACUGAAAAAAAACUUUUUGAACAACCUAAUAUAAUGUCUAUUUUUAUUGAAAGAACGCGCGAGGGAUCGACCAAUAACAAUUAGGAUGCGAUUAUGUGUUCGACGAAACCGGGAAAACUGAUCGGGAAGAAAACUGUAUUAUUAUUAUUAUUAUUAUUAUUAUAAUUCAUUUUUAUCAUUAUUACGAUUACGAUUAGAUUAUGUUUAUGAUUAUUAUUAUUUUUUUUAUUAUUAUUAUUAUAUGAGUAGUAAUCAAACGAUUUAUGCACAGAGUUGCUGUGACGAUAUACCAAAACGAUACUAACUAAUAAAUAGUUGAUAAAUAAAGUAGAUCGUACAUGUAUUAAGACACGUUAAUUCUAAACAAUGACAGAAGUACAUAGUAUAUAUAAAGAUAUAUAUAUAUAUAAAUAUAUAUAUGAUACGAAACGUUUAGUGUAAUCGGCGUUGAUAAGCGAUAGAUGUAUGAGAAAUGUUCUAAUAAGUGUGACAUUAUACUUCAUAUUAUAUGAUGUAUAUAUCUUGUAUGAUAAGAAUUUAAUCGGGCACACACUCCAAUGCUUAUGUUUAUAUUGAUUAUUGAGUCAAUCAAUUACGAUCGUGAAAUAAAUGA